AUGAGAAGCAACGAUUCUCUUGUCAUUUUAGCUCUGGUGAGGACCAUUUUGAGUGUAAAAGACCUCCAGUUCACGUCAGCUGUUGAACGAGACCAAGAUGGCUUUGAGUGGAAAUUUUGCAACCAGAAGCAGCACGAGCUGCUUCAAGCCAUUGAUUGCUUCUACGAAUCACCGGCUCCGCGGGUUAAGUUCUACACGAGAACACAGCUACUACAGGCCAUGUACCGAACGCGACUAAGUCACGUCGCACGUCUCUAUGGCGCUGGAGAUCUCAUGACCUUUCUUUAUCCAUACCUAAGGAAUGGUCAAGAGACGGAGAAGGCGAAAAUCCGGAUGUUCCAGUGGGUACAGAAAGACCAACGCAGGGUUCGAAAUGUGACCUAUCACAGCGCCCAAAUCCUUGCACUUUUGAGAAAAUACCCCCAGUAA